AUACUAAACCAAUUACAACAAAACGUGGGAAAAAAUAUUUUAACAAAAAUAAAAAAUGCACGAUCACCAGGUACUAAUUCUAUAAAAAAACAUAUGAUCAAUUCAGAAUUUCAAUAAAAAACACCAGUCGACAGGACACAUUCUUCAAACUGACAAAACAUUCAAACUUAAUGGCACAUUUCACAUAAAACACAACACAAAACUGAAUCUACUGUUCCAAUAUAACAUUAGACAAGACUGAGAAUGAAGAAUUUUAGAAGUGUCACCAAGACCUUGCAGACUUUCAACAGCUUACGCAUCCCGUACAGAAGUGCUGGAGGAGAUUGCGGCGGUGGAAGCGCCGGAGGCAAGAAAGGGGUAGUUCUUGGCGUCUAUGAUGGAUGUAGCCCUGGAGAAUACAAAUUGACUACAGCCACCCAAAGGUUUGACGAAGUGAAUGGGGGAAAAAUAAACACUCUCAUUAAAGGAACAGAUAUAAAAGCGGGAACCUGUCAGGUUUUUGCCAACGUCAGCAAUGACUUCAAUACAGUUGCAGUUUCUAACAUCGGUAAUGAGGGAGUCGGCUAUAACGAACUUGAAAAAUUGGACGAGUGCAAAGAGAACAUCAGAGUGGCUGCGGCUGUCGGAGCUCGAGCUUUGCAAAACGAGGGUAUGACAACCAUCUUCGUUGAAGGAUUCACAAACGCCGAACCCGCCGCAGAAGGCUCCUUGUUGUCCGUCUGGAGAUAUCAGGAACAGAGGAGCGAAGAGGGUAGGUUCCCUGAAGUCAACGUGGAUCUUUUCGACAGCGAAGACCGUGAAAGUUGGCAGCGUGGCAAGCUCAAAGCCGACUGCCAAAACCUGGCAAGAAGAAUCGAAGAGACACCUUCAAAUCUCAUGACCCCUUCUAUAUUCGCCGGGGUUGCUAUUGACACGUUAUGCCCUUGCGGUGUCGCAGUCGAUGUGAGAGAUAAAGAUUGGAUAGAAAGUAGCAAAAUGUCCGCUUUUCUGUCCAUUUCCAAAGGGUCUUGUGAACCACCUCUUCUCUUGGAGAUGGGCUAUUGUGGUGGUUCACCUGACGGUCAACCGAUCGUUUUAUCGGGAAAAGGAAUAACUUUUGAUUCUGGCGGUCUUUGUCUGAAGAAUUGUCCCGGAAUGUCUGAAUACCGAGGUGACCUGGCCGGGGCUGCGGUCGUUCUUGCCGUUAUGAAAUGUGUCGCCAUGCUUUCUUUGCCCAUCAACGUUAUUGGCUUGAUUCCCUUGUGCGAGAACAUGAUAGGAGGCAUGGCUACAAAACCAGGUGACGUAGUCAUGUCGAGAAACGGUAAAACAAUCAAAAUCGAAGACACGGAUAACGAAGGCCGUGUCGUUCUCGCCGACAUCCUACCAUACGCCUGUUACCUUAAGCCUUGUUUAAUUGUGAACGUGGCCACGCUCACACCUGGUAUGAAGAAAACUCUAGGUACAGGAGCUUCUGGGACAUUCACCAACAGCCACAGUUUAUACAGAGAACUGGAGAGAGCCGGCUCUGAGACUGGAGACAGGGUCUGGAGAUUCCCAUUCUGGAGGUUCUACACACAACGAGUGACAGAUUGUAUUGGUGUUGAUGUUACAAACGUUGGAAAAGGCGUCGGAGGAGGUCCUUGCCUUGGGGCUGCAUUCUUGAAAGAGUUCAUCACAAAUGAAGAAUUUAUUCAUCUUGAUAUAACUGGAACGGGAAUGCUUUCCAACGGCGUGGGACACCCGUAUUUGAGAAAAGGCUUGAUGACUGGACGUCCGGUGAGGACUAUUGUCCAAUUCCUCUACCAAAUCGCUUGUCCCCAUGAUAAAGGCGAUGACUGCUGAUUUCUUUUUUCUUUAAGCAUGAAUUUGCGUCCUUGCCAUGUUCUGUCCUGCCAUGAAUAAAUACAUUAUUUUGACUAACACAG